AUGGAGAACCGUCGAAGCCUCGCGGUUCGGGUGUCCGGUGAUACUCCCGGCCUCAGCGGCUCUUCGGCGAGGAAAAGGACCUCAGAUUUCGGAACUGAGCCGUCGAAUAGCCGGCGUAGGACGCAAGAUCCGUCCUCUGAGGUAGAUGAUGAGAGCGACAUCGACGAGUACGAUCCCGCGCAGUCGAUGCAGCAGCGCCGGGAGAUUCAGCGGAGCAUGCGGGAACUGCAAAAGCAAAUGCGCGAGAAUCCAGACGAGUUCAUGCAAUCAGACCCCAAGGCCCUCCUCGACUACCUCAACCAGUCGGAUCGGAUCAUCAAGAAUGUCAAGCAAACCGCCGAGGCUGCCAUCGAUUCACGGGGGCUUGUGAUUGCAGCCGAUCUCUCAGCUCGUCGGGUGCAGCGGCUGACAUCCGGGAACGUCGGAAACGGGAUCGAUAUUGACGAGUUCGUUUCUAAAUGCAUCACUUAUAUGCUGCAAGGCCGUGGGAUCGAGGAUGACGAAGCGGUGGAGCUCUCGAGCACCCAAAGGAGGAGGAGGCAACCAAAUCGCGGCGCCAUAGGCAGCGACGACGAAGGCGAGGUGGGCGAUGACGGCGAUAUGAUGAACUGGGCUCACCUUGGUCGGUUUGCGUGCCUACCUGCCGUCCGCCGGCCAGCCCUCCCCGGUUUUCUCCUGGGCCCGCUGUCGAUUGAGAAGAAGGCGCGCAAGAUCACCAAGAGGUCGGCACCGUUCAAGGUUAAUAGCCUCCUGGAGGUCAGACCGGAGGAACUCAGGGCGGAGGACUUGAAAAAGUCGGACAAGAACGACCUUCCCUCCAUCUGCAAGAAAAUCCAUGUGCAGCUGGAGACGGCGCAGCAGGAAUCGCAGGACGCGGUGGAGGAUGCGUUUGACAAUCUCCACGAGGAACCCACGCCCAGUGUGCAGAGAGCGUUGAUGGACCGCUACGCGCUACGAUCUACCGGAGGCAUCGACCUUUUACGAUUUGUUGUCAACCCGCAUUCGUUCGGGCAGACGGUUGAGAACAUGUUUUACGUCAGCUUCUUGAUCCGAGAAGGGAGUGUUAAGCUCGAUUUUGACGACGAUGGCCUCCCAGCUAUAGAACCCGUUCGAAAGAAUUCAUCAGCAGAACCGUCUCGUGCCAAAGCCGCCAUGAGACACCAAGCCAUCAUGUCCAUUGACAUGGACACCUGGAGAGACAUCAUUGAAGCGUUCGACAUAAAAGAACCCAUGAUUCCGACCCGACAAGAGGAAGCCCAACAAGGGCCCGGUGCAAGGGGUUGGUAUAGCUGA